CUUGCAGGCUACAGCAAAAGCAAACGUAAACUAACUUCGUUUCAACUUCAUGGUUUGUUGUUUUCAUAGUGGUUAAGUGUUUGUUUUUCAAUCUAAAUGUUUUAUUUAGACUACUAUUGAGUUGAAAACAAUCGAAAUUUUAUUUAUUGUAUCAUAUUAUGUUAUUACUAAAAUUAGGUCCAUUAGUGGCACAAAGUAACGGAGUCACCUCUCUCUAGUUCCUACCUGGAAACUAAAAGUAAAAGUAGAAAACAAUGACAGGCCAGAUAGAAGACUAUGAAGUAUUGGAGGUUAUUGGAACAGGAUCAUUUGGAACUUGUUAUAAGGUUCGGAAUAAGUUGUCUGGAAGGAUAUAUGUUUGGAAAGCUAUUGACUAUGGAAAAAUGACAGAAGAAAAGAAACAGUUGUUGGUGUCGGAAGUGAACCUGCUUAGUGAGCUGAACCAUCCCCAUAUUGUGAGAUACUAUGAUCGGAUUAUUCACAAGGAGAGCACUACAAUAUAUAUCAUAAUGGAGUGGUGUGAGGGAGGGGACCUGGCGUCUCUCAUACAGCAACACAAGAGACGAGGAAACUGUGUUGAAGAAGUAUUUGUGUGGCGUGUGCUGUAUCAACUGGGACGUGCACUGCAGGCCUGCCACUCACACUUACACGAUGUGACUGUGCUUCAUCGUGACGUCAAACCAGCCAAUGUGUUCCUCGACAGUCGUGGCAACAUCAAGCUUGGAGAUUUCGGUCUUGCCAGAGUGUUACGCAGAGAGCAGAGCUUCUCAGAAACCAUUGUCGGCACACCCUACUACAUGAGUCCUGAGGUGAUAAAAGGAAAUAAGUAUGACCGCAAGUCUGACAUCUGGGCACUGGGUUGCUUGGUGUACGAGUUGUGUGCUCUCAGUCCUCCCUUUACCAGCUGUGAUAUCAAUCAGCUGGCAAUACUCAUCAGAGAUGGAAGGUUUGAUCCAAUCCCAGCCAACUAUUCGGUUGACUUGCAGAAGAUUAUAGAGUUGAUGCUGAGUGUUGAACACCAAUACCGGCCUACUAUUGAGAUGAUCUUACACCACCCUACAGUCGUCCUCAAUGUCUCCACCAAGUCCAGUUUCAAGUUUGUCAACAAGCAGGAUCGGCUCAAGGAAGAGUGUGACAGAGCCACUUUGGCCUCGGUCUCUGAGAAGAUCAGGACCUUAGAGAGGGAAAGAGAACCAGAAGAGAUCAGUGAGGACACUUUCCAGGAGAAGUGGAUGGCGAGACUGGAGACUCUGAGACAGCGAGAGGCUGGAAUCAGGAAGAGGGAGGAUAAGUUACUUGAAAAGGAAAGAACAAUUGUGAAAAGAGAGAAAGAAUUGUUGCUUCUUGAACGUGUUUUAAGAGACAAACUUACCAGGGCUGAAAUUUAUCUUCGACAGUGUAAGGAAAAUCGAUCAUCCCAGGCCUCUGUGAGUUUGAGAUCUCAAAAGUACAAGGUAGUAGAAGAACUGGACACUUCAUUCAGUGCAGAUCCAGGAGACACAAGUAUUCUUCCAACAUCUGCCAAAAUUGAUCCCAAGGCAGUUGCUCCUCCAAACAACUUCAUCAGAUCAGCAUCAGAACGUAGACUAAGGCAUGUUCAUUUUAAUGUAAAUGAGAGAGUUCAGCCUCUUCAGGCUAUUCAAGAGAUAGUGGCAGUACAGAAGAAGGGAUGUGGGAUCCCUGAAGUAGAACAAAUGAGGACGAAGACUAUUCCCAAGAAAAUUUUGGGAGAUGUUCAAGAAACAGAACAGUUGAAAUUUGGUACAAUACCAAAAAAAGUUAGCUUGACAUCAGAGAAUAAGUUUUCUGUAGUGAAACCGGUUUUGCCUAAUACAAAUAGUUGGCUAGAAGAAAAAACUAUUUGGCUGGAGAAUAAACGAACAGCCUAUCACAACAAUGUUAAUAAAGAAAAUAUGAACCUCCAAAAUCAUUUAGAAGUGAAAACCCAUGAAUAUUGUGAAACUAAAGAAGUAAAAAAGCGUUCCUCCAGACUGUCGCUGUUCUCAAAAAAACAAGGAAUUCGUUAGAUUCCAGUAUAAUAUAUGUUGUAUAUUUACAGAAAUACUCAAGAGGUUGUGUGUUCAAGUAGUUAUAAAUGUUAAUAUAUAUUGUAUAUUCUAAUGUACCUGAUUAUAUAUGGUGCCUUAAACCAGUUACUAAUCUAGGCUAAUAAUUCAAGUAGUUACUAUUUUAUACAAUUAUGUGUUAAUGAAUAUUAAUAUAUUGAUUGUAAAUGUUACUAGUAUAAAAUAAAUUAAAUUAGGUAAGCAUUUGCAUUUAUCUCUUUGAAUAAAUAACUUAAGUGUAAUUUUGUAAAACAUUUCAAUAAAUAAAAUGUUGCCACAUUAACUCGU